GUCGGACAUUUGGGCAGUUGGCUUUUCUGUUUUUACUAUCUAGCGGAGGGAGCAGAGCUCAACUGCUAGCUCACUCCCCACUUCCAUCCCAAAAUGUCCACCACCACCGCCACCGCCACCAUUUUCCUCCUCCUCCUCCUCCACACCACCCACUCCAAACCCCUCCCCAUCCCCCACCUCACCUCCCCCUACCUCAACCCCUCCACCUUCUCCGCCAACUACGACUCCAUGGUCAAAAACUUCAGAAUCUUCAUCUACAAACCCACCCCUCCCUUCACUUAUCCCAACCACGUCCAGUCCCUCUUCUACACCUCCCUCCUCGACAGCGACCUCGCCACCAACGUCUCCGACCACGCCCACCUCUUCUUCCUCCCUUUCCCGCCAGAUCUCCCCACGCGCUCCCUCGCGCGUCUCAUCCGCACCAUCCGCACCGACUAUCCUUACUGGAACCGCACCCUCGGAGCCGACCACUUCUACCUCUCAUGCUCCGGCGUCGGUUACGAAUCCGACCGCAACCUCGUCGAGCUCAAAAAGAACUCGAUCCAGAUCUCAUGCUUCCCGACUUCUCCGGGCCAGCUCAUCCCUCAUAAAGACAUCACUCUCCCACCGCUCGCGUCGUCCCACGCGCCGACGGUCAACACGACGACUUUCCUCGGUUAUAUCCGAUCAAAUUGGGUGAACGACUCCGCAAUAGUCGACGAGUUACGUGUCAACCCGGAGUUUCUGAUCGAAUCGGAGAUUUCGAAGCCGAAGAUCCACGCGCAGAGGCUCUCCAGCAGCAAGUUUUGUAUAUUUGAGUACGGCGCCGGCGACGUGUCCGGGAUCGGAGAGGCGUUGACAUUUGGGUGCGUUCCCGUGGUGAUUACGGACCGUCCGAUCCAGGAUUUGCCGUUCAUGGACGUGCUGAGGUGGCAGGAGAUGGCGUUGUUUGUGGGGAGGAGUGGUGGGGCCAAGGAGUUGGAGCGCGUGUUGGUGCGCGCGUGCUGGGAGAGGCAUGAUCAGAUGAGGCGGUUGGGUGCGGAGGCGGGGAAGCAUUUGGCAUGGAACGCGCCGCCGCGGGCUAAGGAUGCGUUUCAUACUUUGGUAUAUCAGCUUUGGUUGCGACGCCACACGAUUAGAUACGCCCGGCGGGAGACGGCGUAGGCCGGUUUGUAUUUUGUUGUUGGGGCCUUGUUUGGUUUUUGUGUUUAUAUUUUUAGUUUUGGGAUUUUCUAUAUUUGUUUUGUGGAGAAAAGAAAUAUCUGAUUACUUGUUGGUAGU